CCCCGCCCCGCCCGACCCACGGCGGCCCCAAAAGCCCUCCCGUCCAAACUGGUGGCAGCCCAAAGCUCCGCCCCCCCCCCCCCCCCCCGCCGGAGGCUUCGACCCCGCCCCGCGACUCUUCCGGUGAGCUCCCGCUGCGCGGCGCGGGGGUUCGCCUCUCUGGCUUUUGCCCACGUUACGUCAUAGACAUGCGCGCGACGCCGCGCCUACGCAUUUUCCUGGGCGGGAACAGCAAAAUGGCGCCAGAACUAGUGGCGGGCUGAGGACGCCGUACCCCUUGGAAGGCAGCCCUGCGGUCCCUUUGCCGCCCGUUCCCUCCCGGACAUGGAGGACGUGGAGGCGCGCUUCGCCCACCUCUUGCAGCCCAUCCGCGACCUCACCAAGAACUGGGAGGUGGACGUGGCGGCCCAACUGGGCGAGUAUCUGGAGGAGCUGGAUCAGAUCUGCAUUUCUUUUGACGAAGGCAAGACCACAAUGAACUUCAUUGAGGCAGCGUUGUUGAUCCAGGGCUCUGCCUGCGUCUACAGUAAGAAGGUGGAAUACCUCUACUCACUCGUCUACCAGGCCCUUGAUUUCAUCUCUGGAAAGAGGCGGGCCAAGCAGCUCUCUUCGGUGCAGGAGGACAGGGCCAAUGGGGUUGCCAGCUCUGGGGUCCCCCAGGAGGCAGAGAAUGAGUUCCUGUCGCUGGAUGACUUCCCUGACUCCCGGACUAACGUGGAUCUCAAGAAUGAUCAGACGCCCAGUGAGGUCCUCAUCAUCCCCCUCCUGCCCAUGGCCCUGGUGGCCCCUGAUGAAAUGGAGAAGAACAACAAUCCCCUGUACAGCCGUCAGGGUGAGGUCCUGGCCAGCCGGAAGGAUUUCAGGAUGAACACGUGUGUUCCCCACCCCAGAGGGGCCUUCAUGUUGGAGCCAGAGGGCAUGUCCCCCAUGGAACCAGCGGGCGUUUCCCCCAUGCCAGGGACCCAGAAGGACGCCGGGAGGACUGAGGAGCAGCCAAUGGAAGUUUCCGUGUGCAGGAGCCCUGUCCCAGCACUCGGCUUCUCCCAGGAGCCAGGCCCCUCUCCAGAAGGCCCGAUGCCCCUGGGCGGGGGCGAGGACGAGGAUGCAGAGGAGGCAGUAGAGCUUCCUGAGGCCUCGGCCCCCAAGGCCGCUCUGGAGCCCAAGGAGUCCAGGAGCCCGCAGCAGAGUGCUGCCCUGCCCAGUAGGUACAUGCUGCGGGAGCGAGAGGGGGCCCCAGAGCCUGCAUCCUGCGUGAAGGAGACUCCAGACCCCUGGCAGAGCCUGGACCCCUUUGACUCCCUGGAGUCUAAGCCCUUCAAGAAAGGUAGGCCUUACUCUGUGCCCCCCUGUGUGGAGGAGGCUAUGGGACAGAAGCGCAAGAGGAAGGGCGCUGCCAAGCUGCAGGACUUCCACCAGUGGUACCUGGCUGCCUAUGCAGACCAUGCCGACAGCAGGAGGCUUCGGCGAAAGGGUCCGUCCUUUGCAGACAUGGAGGUCCUGUACUGGACACACGUGAAGGAGCAGUUGGAAACUCUCCGGAAGCUGCAGAGGAGGGAGGUGGCUGAGCAGUGGCUGCGGCCUGCAGAGGAGGACCACCUGGAGGAUUCCCUGGAAGACCUGGGGGCAGCAGAUGACUUUCUAGAGCCUGAGGAGUACGUGGAGCCCGAGGGAGCAGACCCCAGGGAAGCCGCUGACCUUGACGCAGUGCCGAUGUCCCUGAGCUACGAGGAGCUGGUUCGAAGGAAUGUGGAGCUCUUCAUCGCCACCUCCCAGAAGUUUGUCCAGGAGACAGAGCUGAGCCAGCGCAUCAGGGACUGGGAGGACACAGUGCAGCCUCUGCUCCAGGAGCAGGAGCAGCAUGUGCCCUUUGACAUCCACACCUAUGGGGACCAGCUGGUCUCACGGUUCCCCCAGCUCAAUGAGUGGUGUUCCUUUGCGGAGCUGGUGGCUGGCCAGCCGGCCUUUGAGGUGUGUCGUUCCAUGCUGGCCUCCCUGCAGCUGGCCAAUGACUACACAGUGGAGAUCACCCAGCAGCCCGGGCUGGAGAUGGCCGUGGACACCAUGUCCCUGAGACUGCUCACGCACCAGCGAGCGCACAAGCGCUUCCAGACCUACGCUGCCCCCUCCAUGGCCCAGCCCUGAGUGGGGAGCACGGAGGCAGGGGUGGGGGAAUGUGUACUGAGGAGCCGUGCGUCUGCUCCUGGCUGGCCCGGCCUAAUAAAGCAGUGUUGCCAUCUCA